CAACAACGACCUAGAAACAAAGUGUUUGGAAUCUCUGUUUGUUAUGAACUUGAACUCACAUCCACGGUUUAAAACUCGACACUCGUUAUAAUACACUACCAUAUUCAUUCUCCCAUCAUGUCCAAAUUUGGUCCCCAGCCUGCGAAUGCUGUUAAUAACCAGCCGUCUACUCUCUAUUCUCUCGUCAUGACGCCUGUCAACAUAACCGUCUUCCUCUUCUCACUCCUCCUGGUUGACUUUCGCCAUACUGCUGGCCGCAACAACUUCUACGGUACCGGUAACCGGCAAGCGAAAUGGGUGCCCCGAUGGUUCCUCCAGCCAUACCAGCACAUUGGCCAUAGCGAUCAUGAUGCCCAUGGCCGCUGGCACUAUCACAGCAAACAGAAGAAGCUCAUGAAGAUGGAAGCAGACGAAGCGUUUCAGAUGCGGUCUACCAUGCUCGUGUUCAUGGCCGUGGCAUUGGCUCUGGCUACGAGUGCUGUCUGGUUCUUGACGAGUCGUCUAUAUUACGGUGUCGCUUCUCUUGUCGAGCCUCAUACCGCGAAUCAAACGAUCCCGCCUACGGGUCCGUGAAUAUGACAGGGUGGAGAGAAGGCGGAUGAUACUUGAAGCUCCGCCGAGAAUUAGAGACCCUCUCUGUUUCGCGGGGUGGUAUCAACCGUUGACUCCAGACAAGGACCUUACCACCGUCACCGUACAAUUUUCCCUCCAACUGACAUGCGUCUCUAUCGAUCUGGGUUCUUGUUUGCUCUUCAACAGCAAAGAGGCAAUCUCGCUUGAUGAUUUCAACGGCGAUCAUUGUUGUCUCACAUUAAGAGCAGCAUUUGCACUGCACCGUCGCCUUCAGGAGCGAUCUCCCGGAUCUCCAGACAUGAGUUAAUCAUGCAUUGGCCUUCAAGCGUUGAUCGAAAGUGGCAUCAUUGUCGCUGUUACUCUGUACACAAGUAUUUCAGGGGUGUUUGUGGGUCGUGGCAGGCGUUUCGAACCCCUGCUUGAUAUCGUGUCCGAGGAUAUGACACUGUAUGAAAUGUAAUGAUCAUGAUAAUGGA